AUGCCCUCUCCCCAGCGGCUCCGAGAGUGGUACGCUCGGCGCUGCAGUCUCCGGAGUGGCGCUCCUAGUGUCGCGGACCCUGGUGCUGGAGCUGCUGGCGCUGCUGGAGGUGCUCCUGGUGCUGGUGCUGCUGGAGGUGCUGCUGGCGCUGCUGGAGGUGCUGCUGGUGCUGGAGCUGCUGGAGGUGCUGCUACUGCUGGCGGUGCUGCUGGCGCUGCUGGAGGUGCUGCUGGUGCUGGUGCUGCUGGUGCUGCUGGAGCUGCUGGAGGUGCUGCUGCUGCUGGCGGUGCUGCUGGCGCUGCUGGAGGUGCUGCUGGUGCUGGUGCUGCUGGAGCUGCUGGAGGUGCUGGUGCUGCUGGCGCUACUGGAGGUGCUGCUGGAGCUGCUGGAGGUGCUGCUGCUGCUGGUGGUGUUGCUGGCGCUGCUGGAGGUGCUGCUGGUGCUGGUGCUACUGGAGCUGCUGGAGCCGCUGGUCCUGGAGGUGCUCGUACUGGAGGUACUGGAGCUGCUGGGACUGGACCUGCUGAGGGGGUUGGAGCUGGAGGUGCUGAGCGGCCGCGGCCGUACUACGUUCCGCUCCUUCAGCAAGUUCUUGGUCUCCCGCCCUCUACUGGUCCUUCUCCUCCCCUACUGAGUCCACCGUCUGUCCAGUCGCAGUCACAGUUACAGUCUGCCUCUCCGCUGCCUGCUCCUUCUCCUUACACUGCGCCGACGGAGUCGCCUGUCCGCGCUGCCCGCACUGGUCGUCGUGUUCCGCGUGAGCGUCCUCCUCCUGUCCUUGGCACUCACUAUAUGACCCUGCGUCCUUCCACUGCUCCACAGCGUGUCCCUCUGCCGUCUCCUCCUGCGUCCUCUCUUCCUGACGUUGCUGACCCGCCGUCAGACCUUACUCGUGCUGCCAGUCCUACUGUCGCGCGUCUCCUUGCCACUGUUGUCACUGACCCUUCCUUUGAGUCCUCUGCUGCGUCUGCUCUAGUCGCUAAGCUUGUUGACUUUGCUGCCGCCUGUCGUCUAGACUACGCCGCUAGCCUUGUCGCUGAGUCUGAGUCUGUCUGUCCUCCGUCCGUCGGGGGUGAGUGUGCUCUUGGCACGGACGUCCUUGAGGACAGACAGGAGGAGUUUGAGUGCUUUGCCGCUGCUUUACCUCAUCUCGUGUCCAUGCUGAUUGCCCCUGAGGGAGACCCGGAUGCACCAGACAUCCCGACCCCACGCUCUUACGCAGAGGCGAUGGAGGGUCUCUACUCCUCUCAGUGGCAGACAGCCAUGGACGCAGAGAUGGCUUCCUGGAAGUCCACAGGCACCUACGUCGACGAGGUCCCCCCACCUGGGGCGAACAUUGUCAGUGGCAUGUGGAUUUUCAGGGUGAAGCGGCCGCCGGGUUCUCCGCCUGUCUUCAAGGCGCGUUACGUUGCACGAGGCUUCAGUCAGCGAGAGGGAGUUGACUUCUUCUAG